GACUGUCGAAUCAGCAUCAGUACGGCAUCGUCCUGGACGCCGGCUCCUCCCACACGGCCAUGUUUGUCUACAAGUGGCCUGCGGACAAGGAGAACGACACGGGGAUCGUCAGCCAGCACAGCAUGUGCGACGUGAAGGGGGGCGGGAUCUCCAGCUAUGUCAAGGACCCCUCGGACGCCGGCAAGAGUCUGGAGCCAUGUCUCAGGCAGGCCAUGAGCGACGUCCCCAGGGAGAGGCAUCGGCUCACCCCUCUCUACCUGGGGGCCACGGCCGGCAUGCGGCUGCUGAACCGGACUGACCCCCAGGCCUCCGACCGCGUCCUCAGCGCAGUGACCUCGACGCUCAAGUCCUACCCCUUUGAUUUCCGGGGAGCCAAAAUCCUGUCUGGGGAAGACGAGGGGGUGUUCGGCUGGGUCACGGCUAACUAUCUCCUGGAGAACUUCAUCAAGUACGGCUGGGUCGGGCAGUGGUUUCGGCCAAAGAAACCCACCUUGGGAGCCAUGGACCUGGGAGGCGCCUCCACCCAGAUCACCUUUGAGACCCAGGCGGAGAUGAAGGACCCUGGGGCCGGGGUGACGCUGCGGCUCUACGGGCAGAUGUACAAGGUGUACACCCACAGCUACCUGUGCUACGGCAGGGACCAGGUCCUCAGGAGGGUGCUCUCCAAGCUCAUGAAGGCUGACGGUUACAAAGACAGGGUGACCAACCCCUGCUGGCCCAAAGGCUACCAAAGGAGCUUGCAGCUGCAAGAGGUCUACAACUCCCCCUGCACAGAAGAGAAUCCAAAGAACUACAAUCCCCAGCGGAACAUCAGCGUGGUGGGGUCCGGGGAUGCGGGGCAGUGCCGUUCGUACGUGUACAGUCUCUUCAACUUCUCCAGCUGCAGCUUCUCCAACUGCUCCUUCGACGGGGUUUUCCAGCCCCGCCUUUCGGGAAGCUUCAUUGCCUUCUCUGCCUUCUUCUACACGGUGGAUUUUCUGCAGACGGUGAUGAAGAGAAGCGUGGCCACGCCAGCGGACCUGAGCGCUGCUGUCGACGCCGUGUGCAGUUCCCCCUGGGCCGAGCUGGAGCAGAAAGCCCCAAAGCUGAAGAAGUGGCUGCCGGAUUACUGCACCGUCGCCAACUUCAUUUACCUCCUGCUCACCAAGGGCUACCACUUCAACAAUGAUUCGUUCCCCAACAUCACCUUCCAGAAAAAGGUGGGUCUUUGGCCCAGAGGGGCUGCCGGGAGCCAGGCUCUGCCGUGCCGCAGGUGACACGGGGAUGGGUCU